AUGCAGAUUGAGAAUCCAUCCGAAGCGGUAAAACAUCCGUUCAUACAAUGGCUUGUAUUAGCUUUGAAGUUUUCCGAAAAACAUUUGAAUGAAUUUUAUGAACUAAAUAAAUCAAUGCUGAAUUUCACAAAUGUUCAGUUACCAAUAACAAUUAUUCAUACAAUCAAGGAAUAUUUGAAUUUUGGAAAGCUACUUAGAACUAAAAUUAGUUCAAUACGAACAUAUCUCGUUUCAAAUGAAAACUUUCCUAUGCAUCAUCAUCUAUUACAUGCCUGUGAAAAUGGUGAAGAAAUAAUAUUUACAUGUGAUCUGAUUUUAGAAAAAUUAGAAUUAUUAAAUAAAAAUACAUAUGAAGUUCAUAAUUUUCGAAAAAUUUUUCCUAUCGUACAUUCCGAAAUGAGUGAACUAUUCGAUUCUUUAAUGUACGUUAUAGAGAAGUUUAACCGGUUUUAUUUAGCAAAUUCUGAAGCAAUACAUUAUGAUAUAUGGAGAGAACAUGUUCCUGUUGACCAUGAACCAUCAGUCAAGGCUCAACUACUUAAAUAUUUAAUUGUAGUAGAUAUUCGUAAUGAUGUUUGCAAUAUUAGCAAUCGCUUUUACCAAAUAGAAUUAUUUACAGAAAUUUUUAACGAUAAAUCUGUAAGAAAACAAGGAAGCGAUUGGGAUAUAUUCUUUAUACUAAGUUCACACCUAAGUUCACAGUUAAGCUCGAGUUCAAAUUCCAGUGAAUUUAGUAGUGCAGAACGGAUACAUAAACAACAAAAAUAUUCUAAUUAUUGGUUAGAAGAAAAAUUGAAUAGUGAAAACCAUAAUGAUUUGUUGAUGUUGUCGACAAAACAUAAACAUAAAAGUAAACAAUUGAACGAUCAGGACAUGAAAAUUAUUUGUGAAAAAUUAAAAAUAAACCAACAUUGGAAAUCAUUACAUAUCUGUAAUACUCAAAUAACGACAAAAGGUGUUUCUUAUUUAUGUCAAGCUUUGAAAGUUAACUCAGCAAUAGUUACAAGUCUUACGCUUACUAAUAAUCAAAUAUCGGACAAAGGCAUAACAUUGAUAUCAAAAUUAAUGAUCAAAAAUAAAACAAUUGAUUCGUUAAAUUUAGGAGGAAAUCUUAUAACUGAUAAAGGUGUAAAACAAAUAGCUAUUAUGUUAAAAAAGAAUAAAACCUUGUUUGAACUUCGUCUUCAAGAAAAUCUUAUAACAGAUAUUGGUAUGGAAUUAUUAAUACAAGCAUUGUAUAUAAAUAAGGGUCUUGAUUCAUUAGAUGUUAGUAGUAACGAUUUAACUGAUGAUAUUGUAACGUCAAUAUUAAAUAUGUUGAAUGCAGAUGACCAUCGCCAAAACUUUAGAUUAUAUAUUUAUCAAAAUCAAAUAUCUGAACUAAAUCAAAAAAUAAUUCAAGAUAAACUUAAGCAAUAUACUUUAGAACGGUACAGUAAUAUAUGUAAAAAACGUUGGCAUACUUCGCGCUGA